ACACGCUUACACGCGCGCGCACGCAUAUUAUGGACUGCAACCUGCGGAUUCCUGUUAGACUCUCAUACACAGCCUGUAGGAGUGGGUGCCCGUCACCGAAACCACUUCCAACUGUUAAAGGGUGGCUUUUUGUCAGUGCGCAACGCUGGGAACGGUUUUAUGUUGGAGAGCAAACAUACCCGCUUAAGUAAAAUGGCUUCUUUCAAAGGACUUAUUAUUUUAUUGGUGAACUUCGUAUCAAACGCUGUCUUUUGACCGACUUACCGGAGCGCUCAGAAUAAAGUUUCACAUGGUGCACUUUAUCCUGAAGCAGCACAGCGCGCUACGGGAAUCAGAAAUGAAAGCAGGACCGACUCUAUUUUGCGCAUUUCUCUUUAGAAAGUAUUUCAAAUGGCUUGAUACACGAGCCUUUCCUCGCUUUUGAUCUGCGGCUGAGACAGAUAACAGCGCGCUCGGGCGGACUUUGGUUACCAUUACGCACAUUUUUACAUUUGGAUAGGCGACUGAAGCUCCAAGCCAGACACCCUUGGGACUCCGGAGAGCACAGCGGGAUAACACCAUGACCAGCUGCUGGCUUGCCUUGGUCGGAUUGUGGUGGAGCGCUUAUUACUGCAUGUUCCUGGUCGCGGGGAGUAAUUAUUCACUGGAUGGAAACAACGAAGUGCACCCGGGUUUCAUCCACCGGCGGUUGCGGACGCACGAGAAGAGGGAGAUGCAGAAGGAGAUCCUGUCCAUCCUCGGGCUGCCGCACAGACCGAGACCGCAUCUGUCACACGGAAAGUACAACUCCGCGCCACUGUUCAUGUUGGACUUAUACAACACCAUAUCUAGCGAGGAGAAAAGUCAAGUGGACGGCAUGCUGGACCGAUAUCAGACCAUGCGGACGACCCAGAGUCCUCUUCUGGCCACAUAUCAAGAAACUGCCUUUCUGAAUGACGCAGAUAUGGUGAUGAGCUUCGUUAAUCUGGUGGAGUACGACAGGGAGCUCUCUGCACAGCGGCGUCACCACAAGGAGUUUAAGUUCAACCUCUCACAGAUCCCAGAGGGCGAGGCCGUCACCGCAGCCGAGUUUCGCCUCUACAAGGAGUGUGUGAGCCGUGCCUUCCGCAAUGACACCUUUCUACUCAAAGUCUAUCAGGUGGUCAAGGAGCACCCUGACAGAGAGGCAGACCUGUUCCUGCUGGAAUCUCGCAGGCUGUGGGCGGCUGAGGAGGGCUGGCUGGAGUUUGACAUUACUGCCACCAGCAACCUGUGGGUGAUGAGCCCGGUGCACAACCUGGGCCUGCAGGUCAGCGUGGAGACCAGCAGUGGGCAGAGCAUCAGCUCCAAGGAGGCGGGGCUCGUAGGACGUGACGGCGCGCUGGAGAAGCAGCCUUUCAUGGUGGCGUUCUUCAAAGUCAGUGAAGUGCAUAUCCGCACGGCUCGCUCCCCCGGUGGAAAACGUCGCCAGCAGAACCGCAACCGAUCCACACAACCACAGGAGGGAUCCAGAGGCCUAAGCCCAGCAGAUUACAACAGCAGUGAUCAGAAGACGGCGUGCAGAAGACAUGAGCUCUACGUCAGCUUCAGAGAGCUGGGCUGGCAGGAUUGGAUCAUUGCUCCCGAAGGCUACGCAGCCAACUACUGUGACGGAGAGUGCUCAUUCCCCCUUAAUGCCCACAUGAACGCCACCAACCACGCCAUCGUACAGACACUGGUGCACCUGAUGAACCCUGAGAACGUACCGAAGCCAUGCUGCGCCCCCACCAAGCUCCAUGCCAUCUCAGUGCUCUACUUUGACGACAACUCCAACGUCAUACUGAAGAAAUACAAGAACAUGGUGGUACGUGCCUGCGGCUGCCACUGACACCGGCGUCGAGGGCUGAAAAAACGCUCAAUUCGAGUUGAGAGAAAGUCGGGUCGGCAAAGGGCUGCGACUCCUGAGUGACGUUGACCUCAACUAGACACCAGCUUCCUGCCCAAAAUCCUCAGCCUGCAAGGAAUGUCCACCCUGAAAGAUCAUUACCAUGUUCUUUUCCAAUAAUCUUGGACCGUUCGAAACAUUCAUCAAACUAAGAGGGGACCAUUGCAAAAAAUGGCACCAAAUGGGUGUCAUCCAAUAGGCAACUUCACCCUACUCCAGUGUUGAGCCACCAAGUUGUCACCUUCUCCAUUAGCUGCGGAGUGGAGUCUUCACUUCAUGGGUCUGCAACUGAGGGAAUGACUGUGUGUGUGUGUGUGUGUGUGUGUGUGUGUGUGUGUGUGUGU